CAUGAACUAUGGACCUUGAGCCGGCAAAGGCGGCACCGGGCCAAUGUGCACCUUGGCACUGACUCUUGCUGGAGAAUUUCCUGGUCUCUUCAUUGUCGAGAGAUCAUGUCUUCGCAGGAACUCAUAAAGGUUGCUGUCAUUCAGCUGUAUGCUGAGCCCUUAAAGGUCGAGCAUAACUUCAACAAAGCCGCAAACUUUAUUCGUGCAGCUGCGUUCCAGGGUGCCAAAUUGGCUGUAUUGCCAGAGUAUCAUCUCACUGCCUGGGUCCCCGAUCGGCCUGGCUUUCUCGAAGCUACCCGGCAAUGGAAGACCUACCUCCAGAAAUACCAAGCGCUUGCGAAGGAAUGCAACAUUUGCAUUGUCCCUGGAACAAUUGUAGAGUGUCAUGAGGGGGAAGAUGGUGAAGAGAGGGUCUUAUGGAAUCCAGCCUAUUUCAUUGACAACAAGGGCGAGAUUUUGGGCAGCUACAAGAAGAAAAACCUAUGGCAUUCGGAAAGGGGACACUUGACUUCAAGUGCGCAUUCGCCCCAUGAAGUGAUCGAGACUCCCAUCGGACCUGUCGGCAUGCUGAUAUGCUGGGAUCUGGCCUUUCCGGAAGCUUUUCGAGAAUUGAUCGCCAAGGGCGCGAAGAUUAUAAUCAUUCCAAGCUUUUGGACUCUCUGGGACUCGACCCCAGCGGGCAUGGAGUAUAACAAGACAGCAGAAGCCUUGUUCAUCGACAGCUCCAUUACCUCAAGAGCGUUUGAGAACACUUGUGCCGUAAUUUUUGCCAACGCUGGAGGCCCAUCGUCGCGCGGCUAUGCAGGACUCUCCCAGGUCACCGUGCCCUUUAUCGGCCCACUUGUAAGGCUUGGUAGCGGCGAGGAAGGCAUGUGUGUCGUUAAUUUGAAUACGGCUGUACUAGAAGCCGCAGAGGACUGCUACAAGGUCCGGGAAGAUUUAUCCCGUCAGGAUUGGCAUUAUGAUUACAGGCAUAAUCGCACGAGCCACAAGAUAUGAUACGUUUCAAAGUUGCCAAAUUCUGGUAACUUUUUACCCUGUGGUGAGCUAUUUAGGGCUUGUCAAUAUUGAUU